GACAGAGAGACAAAUAUGGUGUGGUAUGACGGAACUAGUGUAUCACUAAGUAAUAAAGCGUUCUCGUCUUUCUGUGACUUCAAAUUAAAUUAACCAAUUUAAUUUGAACAACUCGACAGAACGGCAUUUAAUUCAUUGCUUCAUUCAAUACAAUGUAUCCAACAAUCAUAUUGGUAAAGUAGCACAAACACCUCGGUUCAAUUGAAUAAUAUCUACACAUUACGCUACAGAACAGCUGUUCGCAUUAGUCAGCGACGCAUGCUCGUAUGGCCACGCUGCACGCUGCAUGGUCAAGUGAAAAACUGUGUCAGUGCGAACAGUUGUUGCGCCUACGUCAGUGCCGUCAUGUUUCAUACACACAUAGGUUCAAGGGGAGCCUGCCAGUACGGCGGUCUCUAUUUAUAGUGUCUCGCAUCUAUUUCACUGUUAGCCCGCAGUGCAGAAAUGUCCGGAGACGCGAACGUCCAAAAACAAGCGCGGAAGCACCGAAAAACGCGCGAGAAAUUGCGACCGCGCGGGCGCGUCCUCACGUUUACAAUGUUCGGUGAUCGAUCGAUUCGACAUAUCCAAUCUACCCGUCUCUGAUAAUCAGAUCUGGCCAACUGACGUAAAUUAAAUCCCAGUACUCAUUAGACGAUGCAAUUACGCGCAAUCACGGCACGCGAGCUUAUGCAACCGUUUUCAACACCGCCUGUUUGUUACAGUGUCCUAUUUAGUAAUCAUUUUACAGUGUAUGAAAGUGACCGAGUGUCUGUGACUCUACUUUUCUAGUUUAAAAUAUGCAAUUUUUAUGUUUCUGAUAUAUUUUAUUUUUCGGUUGAAAAACAAAUAUGACAUUGGAACUAUUUUAACGAGAAUGCGGGUGAAACGCUUUGCCUGGCGACGCGCCAAAAGUAACACUGAACAGCUGACUGUUAAUAAACAAGUGGUUGCUGAUAAAAACGUAAAGUGUUAUUGACAAACAACCAAGAAAAUAAUCAACAUGUCGGAAAAAAAUGACGGCAAUCAUAGUGACGUUCCCAUAAUAGAUGAUAAUGUCAUUCGAAUUCAGCUGAGAAAAGCCUGCCAACAAAAAUGGGAAUUACGGACGCGAAAUCUGUCUCCUGGGAUCAGAUUUCCUACGAUACAACUUUUUGAUAGUGAAGGAAAUCUCCUCGUGGAGACAAAUGAUGAAAAUGUUUCCAUAAAGACUUGCGACGAGCACUCCGUCAGGGGCAGCCAGUCAUUGCGAGAGAAAGAUUUCAAACAUUACAUUGACAAGAACUCGAUUAGGAAACAUAAUUCCGUCGCUGGAGACAAAAUUUAUACAAGAGUAUUUCGUACGCCUGUCGUAAUUAACGAUAAUGUUGAGGGAGGUAAUAAACGUUACGUUAUACGAAAUUACGGCAAUGUAACAAACAUUCCAAGUAAACUCACAUUAAACACGAACUUUUCUAAUUUACAAAUAAAUAGCCUCGAAACCACCCCUUUCCAGUCCGAAGGCGCUAGUGAAGUUAGCAGUUACAAAAGCUCUGACAACGAAAGCUGUAUCGAUGACAUAAAGCCAAUGUUGAAAGAAACCGAAACCAAGUCAAUAUUGAAAAUGAAUGGCAUAAGUUCAACAGAAAGUUCGUCUGAAUUUUCAAUGGAUGCAAAAGUGAACAAAUCUGAAAUUGAAAUAGACACAAUGCUUCAUAAAUCCCAGUCAUUGAAAGAUGCCAUUCAAAGAAGAGGUUCCACAAAAGAGCAUAAAAAUGACACUUUGGCGCGUUCCAAAUCUGGAGUUUUGUAUAAUGGGCCUCACAAUAAGGUAUCGUUCCUGAACACUUACUUAAAAAGCUUACCCUCCCGGUCCGGGUCUAAUCCGGAUUGGUUUGCUGUACACCGCCGAAAAACAAUGAAAUCUUUACUAAAUUCACCCGAAACAUUGAAGCACCACGACUCAACCGAAUGCCUUUUACGAAAAUCACGUCUUCAAAAAAUACGGGAUAACACAUCAGAUAAUGGAUUUAUUAAUAUUCCCACGGACGCGGCGACGGCUUGUGAAAUGAAUAAACGCCUAAAAAUGUACAGACGUGGCUUAUCAGAAAUCGAACCACGAAAUCAUUCAGAGAGUGUGACGAUGAGACAGCGGAGUCAGUCCGUGUCGGAAAACUUGCGGAUUGUCCGCACUUCGUCAUCCGAAAGUGUGGACGAAGCCGACAUGGUGCUUAGCCGUCUGAAGAGGAGAAUACUCAAGAAUAAGUUGAGAGAGAAAAAGCGGAGCCUUGGUUCUAAGUACCUUUUCAAUAACCGCAACUGCCGCUGGAGUAACGAUCAGUCGACAUCAGAUUGGCGCGAUGCGGGGGGCGGGGCCCUGGUGAGGUCCCGCCACGGUAUGGGCUCUAACAUCAGCCAGCACUCCGCCAAAGGGCUAAAAGGUCGACGCGCCAGGUCUAGUGGCGACCUUUGCAAUGGCGACACCAAGAGCCAGACUGAAAGCUCCGUCUGCGGAUCUGUGGUGGGCGAUGCCAUGGGCUGGAACAGAUCGCUGCCAAAUCAUCUGGACGGAAAUAGACAUUUAGCUGACUACAGCCGGGUGAACAAUAACUAUGGGGAGUUCGGAACAUACAAUAGGACACACCCUAAAGGUGGACGCGGAUUGCGAUACCGAGUGUCCAAAUCUGGCUCGGAUGCGGAGCCCGUAUGGAAACUGCAGGACCCGGGCUUCGACCAGGGCUACGGCUCUGAGCGGUCGCCGGAGGACGACUACGUGCCGCCCAUUGUGCCCGCAGCAGUCUCCGCCGUCUCGUUGCAGGAGUACGAGGCGGAGCUGAGAGUCAUGUACCCAUUCAUCAAUGAUGAAAAUACAUUCACCGUAGUAGUGGAGAAGGACGGCCGAGGCCUAGGCAUGUCAGUGUGCGGCGGAGGAGGCUUAGUACGGAUCCGGCGGUUAUACCCGCCGCAGCCAGCAUGGAAGACUGGCAAGCUGGCCCCCAAAGAUCUCCUGCUCGCGGCCAACGGCGUGCCGCUAGCCGGGCUAAGCACUUAUGAAGCCCUGGAGGUGCUCCGGACGGCGUCGCCGAGGGUCGAGCUGCGGGUCUGCCGGCCUCCCCACGAUAUGCUGGAGAGCGUGACCCCGCCCGACCCCCCCACGCCCCCUGCGAGGACCCCUCACCCUCCACACUUACCGCUACCGCAGCAGCAUCUGCCGUUAGAUCCGCUGAACUGUCAUCCGAUGCACGCAAGGUUAUCAGCAACAACAAGCAGUGCAACCACCUCAUCCUCCGAAGGCCGCGGGCGGCGCGAGGCGAGCCCCGAACCAGAUCGACGGGAACUACGUCUUCCGGACCUCGACCGCCCGCUCCCCGUCUACGACAUACAAUACGGGGAGUUCGACAUAGUGAUGACGAAAGUGAACGGUUCACUGGGUUUCACACUCCGUAAGGAGGAUCACAGCGCGCUAGGGCACUAUGUGCGCGCCCUCGUGCGCGAGCCAGCGCUCAGCGACGGCCGGAUACAGCCCGGCGAUCGGAUUGUCGCGGUGAACGACACAGCGAUGUCGAACAUGUCGCAUGCGGCGGCCGUGGCGUUCUUGCGCGCGUGUGGCUCAGAGGUGCGUCUGCGGCUGUACCGCGACCACGCGGCGACACCACUGUCGCCCAUGUCGCCUAAGGAGGAGCCCACCGACUCCGACCCGCCGCUCCGGCCUAAACCCCCGCUAAGGGCCGAAGCGGUGUCGAUGUUGUGCGACCUGGCGGCGCGGCGGCUCACCCCCGACGCGGUGGACGGCUCGCGCUCCCCGUGCCUCUCGCCCCGCAAGUUCCGCAAACUGACCAAGGACAACAACCACUAUGAGCAGCCUAAUGAUGCGCCAACACAACCGACUGAACUAAAGUCACAUAUGGAAACUUCGGAAAGACGGAUGUCUCGGGCACACUCUGUAGCUCUGGCCAGCCCCACCGCCCCGCCGACUUGUAGAAAACAAAAGCUAAGCCUGGCAGUUCCACCGCACGCAUAUGAACUAAAUAAUCUAGACAACGACGCGUUAGACGCUCGAAAUACCUACCAGGAGGACCGGAGCCGCCAGAGAUACGAGCCCUCAUUCCCAGUAGACUCUGAUGAGCCGGUUUCCAUGCCAGCUGAACUGUCCAGCGAUGAGGCGAGGUUUAAACAUUCUACUCCCAUGUACCAAAGUGCUGUGCUGAUGACUUCUGACGGAGAAGUUAAGGAUGACAGUGGAUUGAAGAAGUGGAAAGCAGUCGCUCUAUCGCCGGACAGCGAGAGGAAGGCGAAGGAAGCGCGGGCGCCGUCGAAGCCGAAGGAGGUCGAAACCGUCCAGAAGGAGAACAUACAACCUGACCCACAUAACCUAGACAUCAAUCAUUCGGAGCCUACGAUAGUGACGGUGGAGCUGAACCGCGGGUGGAACAGUAGGCUGGGGUUCAGCGUGCAGAGCCACCCGGAGUCGGGGCAGAGCUACAUCUCCGCCGUGUACAGCGACAGCGUCGCCGCGCGCGACGGCCGGCUGCGCCGCGGAGACGUCAUCCUGCAGGUCAACGAUGAAAACGUGACGUCAAUGAAAACUCCAGAAGUAAUAGACUUGCUGCGGUUGCUCCGCGGCUCUAUCUGCAUCACCGUGCUGAGGCCUCCGAACCCACAGUGAACGCCAGAACCAACUAUCUAAGUCCAAAGAAUAGUAUCUUCAAUAUUGCUUUAAGACAGAUGCGUUAGGCCUAAAUGGAAUGGCUAAACUUUCAUACUCUGGUCUACUUCAAGCUUUUUGACUAAGAAGUGCAUAAGCCAAUAGUUUUAUUUUUAUUUUUUAUUGGCUUAUUAACAAGUACCACGCAACAUAUCUCCAUGAUGUAUCUCCAGUAAUCUAAAAUAGUCUCUAUUUGUAAGCUAAAAAGAUAUGAGAAUUAUUUGCGUGCCGUGCUCUAAAAAAUCUGUUUGAAGUUCCUAAACUUUGGCUCAGAAUUAUUCCACGUCAGCCCGAGAAACUAUAGAUUUUUAAUAGUAUAUCUAUCAUGGAAUAAUACACUACUAUUGUUAAUAAGUUACCUUAUAAUAUACAUAAUGUUAACUUGCGGGAUUGAUCUCUUUAGGAUUCGCAAAUUUUAAUUGAAGUUUUAUUAAAUUGUAAUUAUAAAGAAUAAUACGUUAUUUAAAUAAAAUUAAUCUACCAUUACACGACCAACCUUGCGCAACGAAUAAAAUAUCAAAUUAUUUUCAACCUAUAUAAACUCUUAGUAUUUAUACUCAGUGUUUUUAAUAAUUUUCUUGUCAUAUAUACUGAUAAUAUGUAAAGUAAUGAAAGUGCAUUCCACAAGAUUGUACAUAAUGUAACAUAAAAGGUAGUUUGUCGUAGCGGAUCCACCGUAGUCAAACGUAGCAUCACAAAUGAUAACUUAAAGUGGUAUCACAGACGGUAUGGUGAGUCCGUAGAUCUAUGAUGUUAGUGUAAAUUGUAGAGCGUGUAACGAGAGCAUGAAACACCCUUUGACAAUUCGAAUUGGCUUGCUCGAGCUCCUUUUGACUCCGAUGGGGUUAAAAAUAAAUAGAAAUAUUUUGUAUUUAAAGUUAAUUUAUCGUAUUUGAAUUCAUAGCACCUCGACCCUGCGCGCACGGGAGCAGCGGUCAGGCGGUUGGCAGUUGCCUUGGCGGUGGGUUGUGGCAAUGGGAUCUUGCAAAGACAAUGUGGUCUUAGAAGAUUAUACAUUUAUUCACUUUAGCAUGGAAUCCUAUUUUAUGCAGCCCAUUUCCUUCCUUAAGACGAACUUUACGAGCAUGAGAAGAGCAGCACUUCAUUAAACCUUCGUAAAGUCGGACCCAAUUAAUGGAAUAUUGGUAACAUAAAGUUAAUUUUAAUGCACACCACAGUUUCCAAUAGGUACUGAAAAUUCUAGUCAAAUCUAAAUUAUAAUCGAAAUAAUCUCGUUGUAGUCUUUGAUUAUAAAUAAAUAUAAUGAUAUUGAGUAUUCGUAAACACGUAGAGAUUUUGAAAAAAAACUACAUAUAUUAUACAUAGAUAAAAAAAGUACCUACUCACAGAGAGUUAUAUUAAAUAGAUCAUUCUUAAAUGAUUUCUUAUAAAGGUGUUGUCAACUCAAAAGAUUUUAUCGACAAAUCUACUCAAAAAAUCUAUUUUAUUAAUAUGAUAUUAGAUUUUAAGGUGAAAAUGUAGAAAAUCCUUGCACAUAACAAACCUGAACGAACGAAACAACUGAUAUUCUAAAAUUAUUGUGAUGGAUAUGUGUUAAUGUUAACUACUGUAAAUGUGACUUCUAGAGUAAAGAGUACAUAGUCUGCCGCCGUUAGGUAAAAUGAAUGUCUAUAGGAUGGUCCUCCAUAUUCACACACUCGCUUAAUGUCAACGUGGAAAGUUGUAGAGCGAAACUAAUACGGGUUCUAAAGUGGCAUUCGAAUUUUAAAAACACGAUAUUGAUUUGAUAUUACUAACAGUUAGUGUUAUUUUUUUAUAAGCACACACGAACUAAUAUAAGUCUACAGGUCACAUUUUUCAACCUAUGCUCGUAUAUAUAUAUAUAAAAGUCCAAAAACCUGAUAUAUAUAUAUAUAUAUCAGGUUUUUGGACUUUGGAGUCAUGGAUCUGUUAGAUUUUCCAAGGAAAACCACACGCACAACUUUUACAUCAAUGCUUUAUACGCACACUCUUGCACAAUUAUUUCAUUUUAAUUGUUGAAAUAAAAAAUAAAAAAAUAAUUAUGUCUCCUCAGCAUUCCACGUUGACUUGGAACGAAAUAAAGACUAUUGCGCACCAGGAGAAAGAUGUAGAUUUGUUUUUUUAGUUGUAAUUACCCAAUAAUUCACCUUAAUGGGGAACAACUACAUCAAUAGCAUGAUGACAUAUUCAGGAAAGAAAAGAUAAAACAUUCCAAUAAUAAAUAGGCAAUAUGUAAAAGAGUCAAAAAUAUGUUUGAGAUUGUCAAGGAGCAGGUACAACAAAGUAACUAAAAUACACAUUUACCCCAUUAUUCAUAAACGUCUACUAAAGUUGACAAGCCGCUUAUAUAAUCGUUUGUCCCAUUCCAUCAUACCAAUACGUCGGAAAGGGACAAACGAUUAUUAGCGGCUUGUCAACUUUAGUAGACGUUUAUGAAUAAGGGGGUUAGCCUGUACAUACCUAUAUUUAUGUAAUACCCGUGCGCAAUAGUCAAAGUACUCGUAUUAAUACCGAUAGACCAUGUCAUGUAGAUUAGCUAUUGUUUUUCCUAGAAUAUUAAAUUAAUUAUCACGCCUUUUUAUUUUGCUCAACUAUAUAUUAAAUUGUUUUUAAUGAAGUGUAAUUUAUAAUGCUAAUAAAGUGUCAUCUUUUUUUAUUCGUUUAGAAAAUUCGCUAACAAACUUUCCAGUUUGCUUCAGUUCAGAAUUUGAAAGCGUGCUAAACUUCUAGAGCCGUAAUCCUGAGUUAUAAUCGAACACUACUUAUACAUAUACCUAUUGCUAAUGCUGACAACACGUGUUUGAUGUCACCACGCCAGAAAAGAGUAAAUAGGUCUUACCAACUUCCCGGUGACAUCACCAUUUAGGUAAUAGAAUAACUGUAAAGAAGCUUUUUGCAUCAAGCCUCAAACACUUUGAAUAAAUAUCGCCUGUUUAAAACGGUUGUUCUAGUGGUUACGUUUCAUCCUAUGUAUGAGUUGCUUAGAUGUGAAUGUAGCGAUGGAUGCCUUAAAAAUAAAGACUAGGCCAUAUUUAUGUUAUUGUAAUGAUGGGAUUACUUUAAGGAAGUGUGUCAGUCAAGAACAAAAGGAUGUACGAUAUACUUAAUUAUGGUACUAUAAUAUAAAAUAAAGAAUAAUGAAUUA